UUUAUAUAAUAUUGAAGCCAAAUAUGUAUUUCAUCACGAGAUUUGAGUGUCUCUUGGCCAUCCUGUACCUCGGAAUGCAAGCAAAGACUAUUAACCUUGUUAGCAUGAUUUUAGGUCAUGGAGAGGAAGACCCAAGUGUGCUGCAGAAUAUUCCUUGAUACUCAACUUCAGCAAUAUUAGUGUGAAUGACGCUAAAGAUUUGUAAAAUAUCCUUUAUGAAGAUCAGAACUCAUUAUGUUUUGUUCCCAAUGCUGAGAAUCAUGAACAUACUUUUUUUCUAUUGUAUCAGUUAUUUAUUCCCUCAGUUUGAAGGGACAGUUAUCCAGUUUGUUCUCACAGAUUGAGUUGGAUAUGCCCUUCUGCUAGUAAUGAUUUACAAUGGGCUUUACUUCAUAGUUGAGCCAGAUGGCCCAUACGGAAUUGGAAUCAAAGAUAUUAUACUCAAAGGUAAGAGAAAUACUCCUCGUAUUCUGGUUUACUAUCCUAUCAACAAAGAAGAGUACAAUGCAAAAGUUGAAAACCCUAGCUUUACUCAAGAACUCCUUGUUGAAGGUGAAGAUGCUAUUGAAGGAGGAUCUAUAGGUGUUGCAGGGCUACCAGGAUCAUCUGACGCUCAUCCCUUCCUUUUAUCUCUAUUCCCAAGCGAUCCAGACAAGUUGAAGCCUGUUAUAGAAGACUUAAAAUAUUCCAGAAUCAGAGCAAUUUUAUCAUCUGAAUUACAUAAGGAUUUCAGAAAUGGAGGUAAAAAGCUUACUCCAGUUAUUUUUUCACCUGGAUUGGCUGGCUCUAAAAACUAUUAUACCACAAAUUGAAGGUACCUUGCAAGCUAUGGCUGAAUUGUCUUUGCCAUCAGCCACACUGAUGGAAGUUGUGAGUUUACCUGUGAUUAUAACCAAGAUCCUCCAAAAAGGGUUUUGUACAAUCAUAUUGAUGCCAAGACCAACAUCGACCUAGCUGGAAGGAAAUACAAAGACAGAGAGGAAUACUUCUCCCUCUCAGUUGAUAAUAGAACUAAAGAUAUCGAAACGCUUUAUGAGUACAUCCUUGAGUGUGAAUUUGCAAAAUAUCUGGAUCCCCAAAAGCUAGUUAUGUACGGUCAUUCCCUUGGUGCGAUGACAGGUAUUGAAUCAUGCCAGACUAUCAAGACUCUUUCUGGAGAUCUAGCUCUCAAAUUUUGUGUAGCUCACGACCCAUAUUAUAUGGGAAAACUGUCUAAAAUCAUGAAAACAGAUGGCUACAAGGUUGAGCAGCCUUUGUUACUUGUAACUUCUGAGACCUUUAAGAAUAGUCCAAUUGUCAAAGAUUAUUACGAUAAUAAUGAAAUUACCACAAAGUUUGUAACAAAUUGUAAACAAGGGAAUGAUCAGGUACAGGAUAUCUCUUGGAAGAACUCUGGGCAUAUGAACCAAAUGGACACAUCGACUAGCUCACCUGUGAUAGUCCGCUUACUAAACUUCAUGGGUCCUAUAAACGAGGCUGUGCCUAAAGCUCAUGAGCUUUCCAAAAUGGUUCUGAAAUUCUUGUCAGAGCACAGGUGAUUACCAGUAGCAGUACCUAGCCAACACAGCAAUGAAUAAGAAUGUUUCAAUGCGAAAAAA